AUGUAUUUCCGACAAUGUCUGUCCAUCUUGCAUAUGAUAAAGCUCGGAAAGCUGGCCAAGCCAAAUGAAUCAGUUACUGUACUAGAGGUUUAUUCUUUCAAUGUGGAGAACAUUGCCUGGUCAGUUCUUCCUCAGAGGGUAGAGUAUGUAAUUAAUAACGAUGUGCUAGGAAGCAGAGGAUUUAGGCAAGCCUUCAAGGCAAAAAGUUCUUCCACUAACUUUAACACCUCUGUGGGUUGUAAAGACAUAUUUACCAAAAGCUGCCAAGAAGAUCACUGAAGACAUCAAGAUAACAUUAGAAGAAAACACAAAUAAAGUUGUGCAAAUGCAAGCUCUUGCAAAGAACAUUGCUGAGCAACUUCGCAAGAAAGUCCAGGAACUUAACCUUUCAAAGGAGUUUGGGGAAGCAUUAGGGUACAAAGACAUUUACCUUGCCAAACUAAACAGUGACUGUUUCACUCUGGAGGAGUUUAUUGAAGGGAAAUUUCAAAAAUACAUGAACAAUACUGGUGAAGUUUGUGUACCAAGUAAUGAUGUCAUUACGCAAAAGGCAGAGUGCUUCUCCAGUUUUUCUUAUGAAAUUUCAAACUUGCAGCACCUUGUGGUUGACAUAUAG